AUGUCUGCCUCUAACACCUUUACCUCUGGUGAAAAGCUCCCAAUCCUCGACUACUCCAAUUGGGUUGAUUGGAGUGAAUACUGGCAAGAUCAUCUUAUCCUCUACGACCUAUGGCAGUACGUCGAUCCAACAUCUACAGUGACGGUGCCACCCCCUACGACUAAUGUCAAUCGAGAUAUUGCUAAAACGUUAACCGAAAACCUUACCAAAAUCCGUCAACAUGUGUCCCCUGAAUGUCGCAAGCUCCUAGUUGGCCAUACAAACCCAAGAGACCUCUGGUCCUCACUCAAGGCUGGCUGCGACCGCGGGACAACUCUCCCAUUAAUUGCUCAAUACGAAUCAUUCCACAACAACAAGUGGGAGCCAAAGGAUACCAUUUCUACCUACACAAGUCGUUUCCGCAAUAUCUUUCUUUCCUUGGAAAACACCUCUUACAAAAUCCAUCGAGAUAUAGCCGUUCACAUCCUCGUGGAUCGACUCCCUGACUGUUACAAGACCGAAGGUCAAACGGCAAAACAAUUGAACCUUCCCUUCAUUGAAACAGUGACCUACCUGCUUGCCAAUAUCAAAGAUUCCUCUUCUGAAGGAGACAACACGUCUGGCCAAGCCCUAGUAACUCGAGGCCGUCGUCCGAACCGCAGAACAAGCUCUCGGAACCUCCGUAAUGGAGGCAAUAACUCAAAUUCAAACCGUCGUGAACGAUCAAAUCGAAAUUCUCGGAAUAAGCGACUUAUCUGUAACUGGUGCAAACGAGAGGGCCAUUACGAGCGUGACUGUCAUAUUCGACAACAGCAACUAGACUCUGGCGCUGCAAAGCUUGACAGAGGUCGUGCCUACUUAGUUCAACAGCCAAGCAGUUUGCAACCUCCGCCUCAGCCGCUACCUCUACUGGCUCCUCCACCUCCGCAGGCAAAUUUCUCCUCCUCCCAGUCUCAAAGCUCUGAGUCAAACGCUUACAGUUAUCCAUCUCAUCUUCUUCUUACAAGAGCAUCCUACAUCAAUAGUGAGAUCCGACAACAAGACUAUCUCAGCUGGAUACUGGACUCUGGAGCUACACAGCAUUUCUGCAAUAGCAAAUUGGACCUUAAGGACUACAAACAUUUCCUUGAACCCAGAGAGAUCUACCUUGGAGAUAAUACUACGAUCUAUGCAGAGGGAUCUGGUACUCAACAUCUUCAAGUUGGGCCUUAUAUUCUAGUCCUCAACGUCUGGUUCGUACCAAAAUUGGCAGAGAACCUGCUGUCCUUGCAGCUCCUUGAUCGAGCUGGCUACUCUACUCUUAUUGAAAAUGGCAUUGUCUACAUACGGCAGCAAGGCGACUCAAAUUCCGCAUGGUUUCAACUAGCCAAUUCGAAGCAUGGAGAUCUUUAUCGAAUGCAUAUAAGUCCCUCAUCUCUAGUGAAUGCCCCACGAGCUCUCCGUACAAGAGAAUUCAGUACACUCAGGCUAUGGCAUAAUCGCCUAGGCCACCGAAAUUUUCGAUCAGUGGGAGAUCUCAUGAACUUAUCUGUGCCGCGUCAACUACCUACAUGCACAGCAUGCCUACAAGGUAAAAUGAAGGCAGAUUCGCACCCUCCUGUGCUUGAACGUUGCAGCAAGUCAUUCGACCGCGUGCAUGCCGACCUUAUCCCCUUGGACGGUAUCUCCCUUGGUGGAUCUAAGUAUAUGUUACUACUGGUCGAUGAUUACACUCGCUAUGCAUGGUGUUACUUUGCCUCAAGCAAGAAUGUUCCUGCAAUUACGCCUCUCCUACAAGGAUUCAUAAACUUGGUCCUAACUCAAUUCAAUGCUGUAAUCAAGUCAUGGCGAACUGAUGGCGGUACCGGUGAAUUCAUAAAUAGCAUGGUCAAAGAAAUAAAUCGCCAAUACGGAAUACUUCACCAAGUCUCUACAUCUGGUGUCAAGCAACAGAAUGGUGUACUGGAACGACGAGUUCAGACGAUCAAGAAUAUGGAACGCUCUAUGAGAGCUGGUGCUGGUGUCCUAGAUGACUACCGACUACAAGCUGAGUCCCUGGCCACCUCGGUAUUUCUAACUAACAUCCUGCCAUCCACUACUCUAGGCAAUAUAUCCCCACACCUUCUUUUAUAUAAGAAGCAACCACCUCUUACUACCUUGAAGCCCUGGGGAUGCCUCGUCUGGAUACACCUUCGAAAGGAGCACCGCAGCUCGAGCUCUGAUCCUCGCUGCAGGCCAGCCAUGAUGGUAGGCUAUAUACAAGACUCAAAGUCUAUUUAUAAAUGUCUUGAUCUUCAUACUCUGCAAACAAGCAAUCAUUCUGAAAUCAAGUUUGAUGAAGACCUUUUCCCUGGUCCAUGGCUCAAACGCCCUGCCGGUUUUAAACUGUCUAUUGCACAUAAAAGAAAUCCGCCUGGUUCAGCGGUCGAUACUGUACUUGGUCAGUCAGUACCGGGAGCGCUUCCCAAUGUAUCAAGCGUACCAUUUUCCUCGAUGAACCCCUUCUGGCUGCAGCAAUCCCAACCACCUGCAGAUCCUGUGAACCCGGAAGAUCCUGCAAAGCCAGUAGAUCCUAUGGAACUAGCAGAUGUAGCCCAAAGGGCAUUGGACUCCCCCCAGUCCCUGGCACUCCGAAUGGACAGCCAGCCCAUCUACAACCCACGAGGAAGCGUUGUAUUUGGCACCUGCGUCAAAAUCCAUGAGCACGAUACUACAAGGGAGCUUGUGGAAGCCGCUUUGAUCGUGCAAGGCAUGGAGUCGCUCUCCUGCCCACCCUGGCAAACAGCAGAGAGGAUCCAAACAGACCACAAUGGAGAUCCUCUCUCCUAUUCGGAUGCCUUGCUCCAGGAUCCGAUUAGGUGGCCACCAGCAGUGCAAGAAGAACUGAAAUCUCAUGAAGAGAAUGGAACUUGGAUAGUUCAAGAGAUCAGUCAGAUGCCAAAAGGGUGUAAGCCGAUCCCCGGCAAGUGGGUAUUCAAGCGUAAACCGAGUCCUGAUGAAGGCAUUCGCUAUAAGGCACGAUUGGUGAUUAAGGGAUUCCUCCAACGCUUUGGAUCCUUACGCAAUCUUGAUAUUAUCACCGCUUUUCUAAAUGGCGAUAUAGACUCUGAAGUCUAUAUGGGGAUACCAGAAGGCAUGGAUUUAGAUCCAAAGAAAUAUGUUUUGAAACUGCGCCGGUCUCUGUAUGGACUUAAACAAGCUCCGCGCAUCUGGUGGGAUAGGAUGACCUCAUUCCUAUUGAAAGCAGGCUUCUAUCAGUGCGAUGCUGAGCCAGCUAUAUUCAUUCGCAGCCUGGAUAACAAAUUCCUCAUACUCCUCCUAUUUGUCGAUGACAUCCUGCUAACUGGUGACCAGGACGCAAUUGAGGAAUUCGUCAAAGAAUGCUGCAAUGAAUUUAAAACUCGAGAUAUAGGAACACCUAGGCGCUUCUUAGGCAUCCAUAUUGAACAUCGGAAUGGCAAAGUGAUAUUGCAUCAGAAGGCAUAUAUACAGCGAAUUCUCGAGCGCUUCAACGCACCCACGAAUCCUGUUGCAACUCCACUUGAUCCCAAGCACCCACUUGUUGAGGCAACUAAUGCAGAAAGUCUAAACGAAACAGAUGCUUUGGAAUACCGUGCUGCAGUGGGAGCGCUAAUCUAUCUCAUGAUUUGUACGAGACCUGAUCUUGCAUUUGCACUUUCUCGCCUCUCCAAAUUUGUGCAGAAACCAGGUAUAAAGCAUGCCGCAGCGCUCAAGCGUGUACUCAGGUAUCUGGCUGGCACCCAGAACCUGGGCAUCGCCUACUGCAAAUCAUACUCCAAUGACUCAGUCUUAUAUGGCUACAGCGACUCUGACUUUGCCGCUGAUUUGAAUAACCGACGUUCAACUUCCGGUUUCAUAUUCCUUUUGAAUGGCGGCCCAAUAUCAUGGAAAUCAAAACAGCAAUCCUUAGUUACCAGCUCAACUCAUGAUGCUGAGUAUGUUGGACUGGCAACUGCAUCAUAUGAGGUUAUCUGGCUUCGGAAACUCAUUCUCGCUAUCCUGCCUCAGUAUGCAGAACAUACAAUGCCUUCCAACACAAUUCAUUGUGAUAACCAAGGCGCCAUUGCAACUGCGAAUCAACCUAGUCACUCGCCCUCUACUAGGUCAAAACAUAUCGAUAUCCGUUUCCACGUUAUACGCGAGGCUAUUGCAAAUGGCCUUAUUCGUCUGGAGUAUAUUCGUACAACAGAAAUGACGGCCGAUAUAUGACGAAAGCACUACCG